CAACACAUAGCAGAAAAGUAGAAAUAUGUCAAAUUUGAUUUGUUUUAUUCUUAUGCAGAUCAUGAUAGACAAGGAUUGUUGGACUGGUCCAGACGUUACAAGAUAAUAGGAGGCAUUGCUUGAGGAAUUCUUUAUCUUCAUUAGAUUCUCAGCUUAGAGUCAUACAUUGGGAUCUCACAGCCAGCAGUGUAUUGCUAGAUGGUGGCAUGAAUCCUAAAAUCUCAAAUUUUGGAAUGGCAAGGGUCCUUGGAAUUCAUCAAACUCAAGGAAGCACAAAUAGAAUUGUUGGGACCUAGUGUCUCCAAAAUAUACCAUGCAUGGACAGUUCUCUGUGAAAUCAGAUGUGUAUGGUUUUGGUGUUUUAGUUCUAGAGAUUUUAAGCGGCAAGAAGAACAGUAACUUUUAUUAAACGGAAGGAACUGAAGACCUAAUAAGCUAUGUGAAUGUAGAUCAGCCUCUGAAAUUAUUUCUCGCCAUAAAUAGUUAAAACAUUAUACAUCCAUGACAAGAAAGAAAUAAUAAAGGAUAACAUUUUAGAAAUUGGUCGAUGAAUUUGUGCAGGCUGGGAAACUUUGGAAGGAUGGGAGACCAUUGGAGUUUUUGGACCCGAUUUUUGGAGAUUCUUAUGCAAGAAAUGAAGUUAUUAGGUGCAUCCAAAUUGGGUUGCUAUGUGUUCAGGAAGAUCCUGUUGAAAGGCCAACAAUGGCAACCAUUGUUCUCAUGCUCAGCAGUUACUUAGUCACACUACCUCUACAGAACGAACCUGCCUUUUUCCUCCAUAGCAGAACAGAGUUGACAAAGGUGCUAGAACCUGAUCAAUCAAUGGGUCAGUCAACGCAAUACUCUACAAAUGAAGUCUCAAUCACUGAAAUAGACCCUCGGUAAAACUAGGCAGGCUACAGCUUAUAUAUCCUCUGUUAAUUCACGAAGUAAGAAGAAGAAGAAAUUGAAUACCAAUUCAGGGAAAUGGCCUCCAUUUCCAUGUUGUUCUUCAUGACCAUUGUAUUGCCCUUCCUCAUUAACUUUCCUUGUUUCAUAUUUCAAGAUAUUCUUGGUCGCUAUUGCUCGAAUUCUAAUAAUUUCACCAUAC